GUUCACAAAAUUAAAUUCCACAAUUUUGCCUUCAUUCUGUUUUUCUGAAACUACUGCCUAUCAAAAAAGCUCAUUGCUGAAGAAUGAAAACCUUUUUCUUCUUUAUGCCUGAAACUAAGCAUUAAAGUUAUCUGGAGAGCAAAGUGUCUUUAAUAAUUAAUUGAUUUCCCACAGAGAAGUCAUUUAUGAUGCAUAUUUUAUUACACAGAGUAUAAAAAUACCUUCACAUCUCGGUUGGUUUGGCAGUUUGCAAAGAAUGAGGACCAGUGGGAGGAGUGGAACGAGCUAUGAAGAGCACCAGCAGACAUUUUUGUAUCAACUCAGAGAAAUUACUGGGAUUAAUGACACUCAGAUACUACAGCAAGCUUUGAAGGAUAGUAAUGGCAACUUGGAACUAGCAGUGGCUUUUCUUACUGCAAAGAAUGCUAAGACCCCUCAGCAGGAGGAGACAACUUACUAUCAAACAGCACUUCCUGGCAAUGAUCGAUACAUUAGUGUGGGAAGCCAAGCAGAUGCAAGAACAAAACAGUAUAUGCCUACCAGAACAAGAUGUGCUACAGUUGAGCAAUCAAAGUGUGGAUCAAAAGAUAAGAGGGAUUUGGAUGUGAUUGAUCUCACUGGAGAUGAUAAAGAUGAUCUUCAGAGGGCAAUUGCCUUGAGUUUGGCGGAAUCAAACAGGGCGUUCAGGGAGACUGGAAUAACUGAUGAGGAGCAAGCCAUUAGCAGAGUUCUUGAAGCCAGCAUAGCAGAAAAUAAAGCAUGUUUGAAGAAGACUCCUACAGAAGUUUGGAGGGAUUCUCGAAACCCUUAUGAUAGAAAAAGGCAGGACAAAGCUCCUGUCGGGCUAAAGAAUGUUGGCAAUACUUGCUGGUUUAGUGCUGUUAUUCAGUCAUUAUUCAAUCUUUUGGAAUUUAGAAGAUUAGUCCUGAAUUAUAAACCUCCAUCAAAUGCCCAAGAUUUACCUCGAAACCAAAAGGAGCAUCGGAAUUUGCCUUUUAUGCGUGAGCUUCGGUAUCUAUUUGCACUUCUUGUCGGUACAAAAAGGAAAUAUGUUGAUCCAUCAAGAGCUGUUGAAAUUCUUAAGGAUGCUUUCAAGUCAAAUGACUCUCAGCAGCAAGACGUGAGUGAGUUUACACACAAAUUAUUAGAUUGGUUAGAAGAUGCCUUUCAAAUGAAAGCUGAAGAGGAAACGGAUGAAGAGAAGCCAAAGAACCCGAUGGUAGAGUUGUUCUAUGGACGAUUCCUAGCCGUGGGAGUGCUUGAAGGUAAAAAAUUUGAAAAUACUGAAAUGUUUGGCCAGUACCCACUUCAGGUCAAUGGGUUCAAAGACCUACAUGAGUGCCUAGAAGCUGCUAUGAUUGAAGGAGAAAUUGAGUCUUUACAUUCAGAGAAUUCAGGAAAAUCAGGGCAGGAGCAUUGGUUUACUGAACUGCCACCUGUGUUAACAUUUGAAUUGUCAAGAUUUGAAUUUAAUCAGGCACUGGGAAGACCAGAGAAAAUCCACAACAAAUUAGAAUUUCCCCAAGUUUUAUAUCUGGACAGAUACAUGCACAGAAACAGAGAAAUAACAAGAAUUAAGAGAGAAGAGAUCAAGAGACUUAAAGAUUACCUCACAGUAUUACAGCAAAGACUAGAAAGAUACUUAAGCUAUGGUUCGGGUCCUAAACGAUUCCCCUUGGUAGAUGUUCUACAGUAUGCAUUGGAAUUUGCCUCAAGUAAACCUGUUUGCACUUCUCCUGUUGAUGAUAUUGACGCUAGUUCCCCACCUAGUGGUUCCAUACCAUCGCAGACAUUACCAAGCACAGCAGAACCACAGGGAGCUCCUUCUUCAGAAGUGCCAAGCACAUCACCUGCAGCAGUUGCUGCCAUUUCAUCAAGAUCAGUAAUACACAAGCCAUUCACACAGUCUCGGAUACCUCCAGAUUUGCCCAUGCAUCCAGCACCAAGGCACAUAACAGAAGAAGAACUUUCUGUGCUAGAAGGCUGUUUACAUCGCUGGAGGACAGAAAUAGAAAAUGACACCAGAGAUUUGCAGGAAAGCAUAUCCAGAAUCCAUCGAACGAUUGACCUAAUGUACUCUGACAAGUCUAUGAUCCAGGUUCCUUAUCGCUUACAUGCGGUUUUAGUUCAUGAAGGCCAAGCGAAUGCAGGGCAUUACUGGGCAUACAUUUUUGAUCAUCAUGAAAACAGGUGGAUGAAGUACAAUGACAUCACUGUGACAAAAUCGUCAUGGGAAGAGCUAGUCAGGGACUCUUUUGGUGGUUAUAGAAAUGCCAGUGCAUACUGUUUAAUGUACAUAAAUGAUAAGGCACAAUUCUUAAUACAAGAGGAAUGUAACAAAGAAACUGGGCAGGCCAUUGUUGGAAUAGAAACAUUACCACCGGAUUUAAGGGAUUUUGUUGAGGAAGACAACCAAAGAUUUGAAAAGGAAUUAGAAGAAUGGGAUGCACAACUUGCCCAGAAAGCUUUGCAGGAAAAGCUUUUAGCAUCUCAAAAACUGAGGGAGCCAGAGUCUUCUGUAACAACAGCACAAGCGGGAGAACCAGAAUACCUAGAGCAGCCAUCAAGAAGUGAUUUCUCAAAGCACUUGAAAGAAGAAACUAUUCGAAUAAUUACCAAGGCAUCACAUGAGCAUGAAGAUAAAAGCCCUGAAACAGUUUUGCAGUCGAAACCUGGAAAUGCCACAAGCCAGCCAGCUUCUAACCAGCGAGUUGUAGAGGUGGCGAUUCCUCAUAUAGGGAAAUUUAUGAUUGAGUCAAAGGAGGGGGGUUAUGAUGACGAGAUCAUGAUGACACCAAACAUGCAAGGUAUUAUCAUGGCGAUAGGUAAAUCCAGGAGUGUGUAUGACAGGUGUGGCCCUGAAGCGGGGUUCUUUAAGGCAAUAAAGUUGGAGUAUUCAAGGUUGGUUAAAUUGGCCCAAGAAGAUACCCCACCAGAAACAGAUUAUCGUUUACACCAUGUAGUGGUCUACUUUAUCCAGAACCGGGCACCCAAGAAAAUCAUUGAGAAAACAUUGCUAGAACAAUUUGGAGAUAGAAAUUUGAGUUUUGAUGAAAGGUGUCACAAUAUAAUGAAAGUUGCUCAAGCCAAACUUGAAAUGAUAAAACCUGAAGAAGUAAAUCUGGAGGAAUAUGAGGAGUGGCAUCAGGAUUAUAGAAAAUUCAGGGAAACAACCAUGUAUCUGAUAAUUGGGCUAGAACAUUUUCAAAGAGAAAGUUACAUAGAUUCCUUGCUGUUUCUUAUCUGUGCUUAUCAGAAUAACAAAGAACUCUUGUCCAAGGGCCUGUACAGAGGACAUGAUGAAGAGUUGAUAUCACAUUAUAGAAGAGAGUGCUUACUAAAAUUAAACGAGCAAGCUGCAGAACUGUUUGAGUCUGGAGAGGAUCGAGAAGUAAACAAUGGUCUGAUUAUCAUGAAUGAGUUUAUUGUCCCAUUUUUACCCUUGUUACUGGUGGAUGAGAUGGAAGAAAAAGAUAUACUUGCCGUGGAAGAGAUGAGAAAUCGAUGGUGUUCCUACCUUGGACAAGAAAUGGAAUCAAACCUCCAAGAAAAGUUGACAGAUUUUCUGCCUAAACUGCUCGAUUGCUCUACGGAGAUUAAAGGUUUCCACGAGCCACCGAAGUUACCUUCGUAUUCCACACAUGAACUCUGUGAGCGAUUUGCCCGAAUCAUGUUGUCCCUCAGUCGAACUCCUGCUGAUGGAAGAUAAACUGCGCACAUGUUCCCUAAACACACUGUAUAAACAAUUUUUAGUUCUUAACCCUUGCCUUCCUGUCACAGGGUGUGCUUGUUGCUGCUAUAGUUUUUAACUUUUUUUUAAUUUUAAUAACUGCAAAAGACAAAUUGACUAUAAUACUUUAGCCAGACUGCAAACAAUAAAGCUGAGAAUCGCAUGGCACUCAGAUUUUGUUUUAACCAGAACUGAUGUAUAAUUACAAACCUGAUUGAUUUUAUUAUGGCAAACCAUGCUUUUGCCACCCCUCUGUUACAGUAUUACUUUGCUUUUACCUUUUCUUUAUCAACAGCUUUGCAUUCAGUCUGGAUUCUUCCAUGACUGUAGCCAUUUAAGUGUUCUGCAUUAUGUACAAUACAUAAUAUUUGGUAGCUUGUAAAUGAAAUUAAAGAAUAAAGUUUUAUUUAUGGCUACCUAUGUGUUUGUAAGCAGGUAUAUUGUAUAUUAGUGUAUUAUUUUAGUAAUAAUAUAUAAAUGAAUUUUGUCUUGGGAUUAAGAUUGGGUGAUAAACAGAUUGAUACAGUCUUUUAAUUUUGCUCUAAUGUCAGCACAUUGGACAUUUACUAAAUAUUUGACAUUUAAAUAUAUUUAUAUUUUUUACUAAGUUUUUGAACUUAGUAUGGCACCUAAACCUAUUUAGAAUUCAAAUACUGUUUUCACUGAAAUGAACGGCUGAUUUUUAAGUCAAACCACACUGAAACUUUUAACCUUUUCUUAAAUUAACCUUUUAUUUUUUUAUGUAUUUAUAACCAGUGCAGCAAGGUGAUGAUUUCAAGAGAAACCUGGAAAAAGUACUUGAAUAAGGGCUACUUACUUGUGAAACUUAUAUGUGUAUAUAUACAUACACACACAUACACACACACGUAUUCUUCAUAAUGGAGAACAAUGUUUUACAUUAUAUAAUCAUUCUAUUUUUGUAAAUUGUAUACCACUUUAAUUGAAAAUGUUCUCUACUAAUCAGUGCUGUGAAUGAAGUUGAUAUUGUUAAACUAGAAGUUGUGAGCAUCUUUCCUGCUUUUAUUUACCUCCUUUCCAAAAAGGAAAUAUCUGUAGAACCUUUUGUAGAUGGAACUGCUGUUUAAGUUUGAUGUAGUCAUAUUGUGAAUGCCAAUCAAUGCUUUAAAGGUAAUCAUGUUAUCAACAACAUUUUUGAAUUUAUAAAAAAUUCUUUAUAAACAAUAUUUUGUUAGCAUAGUAAAAUAUUCAUUAUACCACGUGUUUGUUUGUUAUAGCGACGCCAAAACCAAUACUCUUUGUAAGUGCCUCAGGAAAUACUGGAAGGAGCAGGAAAAAGAAAAUAUUAAACGAUUAUGUGAUACUCUUUAUAGAGGUAUCUAUGUACUGUUAAGAUAUUAAUGACAAGAAAUGGAUACUGUGUCUGUUAUAAAAGUUAGAUCUUGCAGGUUUUAACUAUUGCAGUGUGUUUUGGUUUCGGUUUUAAAUUCUCUACUGAGCAGAAUUAGUAUUCUGUAUUGGGUUUCAAAGCCUAUGAAAAAUUCAGACACUUCAUAUGUAUCAUCAAAGCUUUUGUAAACUCUCCAGUUUUUUAUGAUAUUCAGCAGUAAAGUUGUUUGUGUGCACGUGUAUAAUUGACCACUGAGACAUAAAAUGCUCAAACACAAAAUGGAAAUUACUUCUUUCAAGUGACACAUCCGGGGAGUCAUGUGGCUCUUGUGUUGAAGGUAAGUCAGAUAGCUGUUUACUUUGUACUUAAAAACCCGAUUAUUCCUGAUAAUGAAUCUGAAAUACUUACUUUAAAGAAAAGACUUUUUUCUAAGACCUGGCAAAACAGCUUGUUUUUAUAUCAGCUGUUUAUCUGGUCUUUGGUCAGUGAAAUUCUCUUACAUUAUUUUCUGGGUUACAUAUAAUUUAUAGUUAGUAAUUUAAAAAUUGGAAUCCCAUAAUACUAUCGUUUGCUGCAGGUUUCAUUGUAAUUUAAAUGACUCUCCUUUGGUUACUGUGGUAGUCCCUUGUUUCUCCCCAUAAUUAGGUUUUGAAGUAAUUCAGGGUAGAGUUCGUGGUGGAAGAACUUAAGACUUUAUAGGAACUUCUGGUAAGUACAGGUUUUAGGAAGACUGCAGUCAUGAGUGAGCUGAUGAGGACAGGCCCUCUUAGCGCUUUUCACAUUCACUAAAAUAGAUGGUGACCAUACACUAAAUCAGUAUACGUAAAGUGUGGUCCCCAGACCAGUUUCAGCUUCACCCGGGAACAUGUUAGAAGUGCAGUUCCUGAGCCCCUCCCACAACUAUUGAUUUGGAAACUCUAGAGCUAUCUGAUCUUCUCCAGAUAAUUUGGAUGUUUGCUGAGGUUGGAGAACUACUGUGCUACAUGAGACUGUCAGCAUUCUGCGCAUCUUCAACUGAUGCCAUAUAAUUUCAGUGGACUCAUUAGCCCUUGUUUGUUGGAAACGUCUCUGUAUUUCUCUCACCUUGAGCAACUUCAAGGAAGUGAUUAGAAAUCGUUUUGCUUGAUUUGAGAUUUAAUUGAUAAUAAGGUGGAUUUUCAUUGUACCAUGAAUAUGUUUCUGUUUUGCUACAGUGUUUUUAUUCUUACUCCUUUGACUUCCCUUUUUCCAUCUCUCUCUUCACCCCUAACCUGGAGAUACCUACCAACUACUGUGGCCACACCUUGUUCCAUGUUCAGAGAAUAUUAUGAGGUGCACAUAAGCAGUAGUGGGGUUUUUGUUUGUUUGGGGGGGUCAUUGUUUUUUACAGAAAUGAAGUAACCAUCUGUUUAACACAUUUAUUUUCUAGACCCAAUUCCUUCUUUUUCUAAUUGGCUUUUUUAGGAGUAACUUAGAAUUGCAUAAGAAUAAUAAUAAUUAGUCAUGAUUGAGGGAACUAUAUUAAAAAAUGAAUACACAUUUAUACACAUAAAACUAAAAUUUCAAAUAUCUUUAAUCAUUAAAUGUACAGCUCUUCUCAACGGCUAUUGGAAACUUUCACUGCUAUACACAACCUCCUGCUCAACAGAUAGCUUUUCCUCUCCUUCAUUGAGAAAAUUGGGUAUAUUGGGUAUAAUUGGCCUUUCAACUUUGUGCCUCCUACCUAUAAAUUUAUAGUGAAUUAUUACUUAACCAGGGUAUAACAACAGGAUGCUCAACAUCAGUAACCCAAAAUUAUGAGGAAAGUAUAAAUCAAGUCAAAAUUUAUUAUGAAGUAGACUUAGAAAUUUAGUUAAAAAAAAAAAGAAACACUGCUAUUAAGCCAAUUUUGAGUCAUGACAACCCCGUAUGUUACAGACUGGAACCGCUGCAUAGUGUUUUUUCUCUGUAAUCUUUACAGAGGCAGAUUGCCAGGCCCAGUGAAGCCGCAGAGUGGGUUUGAACUGCCAACUUUUAGGUUAGCAGCCAACCACAAACCACUUGCACAACUCAAGGGAGUUUUUAGUAAAAAACAUCCAUUAUAAACAGACAUCCAUUGUUCAACUUCCGUUAGUUAACAUCCAUCCAUUAACUUUUACAAAAGUUUUCCAUAGUCUUCCUUUUGUCCCUCUAGUACUAGGCUGAAGCCUGUACAUAGUUUGUCUUCAGCAGAUCAUCCAUAUGUGUGUAAGAUAGAUAGGUAGGUAGGUAGAUACAUAAAUAGAUACAUAGAUGAUUGGUUGAUUGAUUGAUAUCUGUAUAUAUAUCUAUAUAUAGCCUAGGGCUAGAUCAGUAGUUCUCAACCCUGGUUGUGCAUCAAAAGCGUAUGAGGAUUGUCUCCAUGAACAACUGCCUUCUUUGCUGUGAGACCAGAACUGGAUGGUGCCCAGCUACCAUUACUGAGCAUUUUGAUCGAAGAUUCUAUAGAAGAAUCCUGAUCAUAAGGGGGAAAUGGAGAGCAGAAUUUCAAAUUCUCAUGGACUUCAUACUUUCUGGAGCCAUGGAGGCUGGAUGAACCCCUGAAACUAUCGCCCAGACAUAGUCUUUACCCUUAAGAAUAUUCCCUGAAGUCUUCUUAAAACUGAACAAUAGUUUAGCUUAACUAAUAAAAAAGGUCUGCCUUGAGCAUUAUGCUCUUCUCAGAACUAUAUGGGAUCAAAGUGACAACAGCAACUCAAAAGAUGACAUAGGAACCUUAGAGGGCAAUGAGUUUUAUGUUAAUGAGGGAAGAACAACUCAGAAAAGGAGAAUGAGAAUGGUUGUACAACUCGAACAAUGUAAUCAAUGUCACAGAAUUGUACAUGUAGAAACAGUUGAAUUUGUGUAUCUUUUGCUGUGUAUAUUCUCAAAAAAAGCUUUUUAAAAUAGGUGUGUGGACACUAUCAUGUGUAUUCCUAAAAGUCUUUUAAGUUGAAAACUGGUUUCAGAAUUCUUGCUCUAGAUGAGUGUUUCUCCAACAUUAAUUUAUCUGAGAAUCAUCUCUGGUCCUUUCUGAAAGACUGAGUAUGCCUAGAGUAAGGUAGAGGAAUUUUUUUUUUUUCAUUACUGUAUGCACACGAAAUGGUGGAGGGCUUAAAUUUACCUGUCUACCUUAAAGAAUAACCUGUUGCCGUUGAGUUGCUUCCAACUCAUAGUGACCCUGUAGGACAGCGUAGAAGUGCCGCAUAGGGUUUCCAAGGAACAGGGCACACCCACGUCUCUAACCAAAGAUACACUCAGAUGUUCUUCAGUGCUUAACUUUAGACUUUUCUCUUUCCUAUGCUGAGUAGAACCAGACUGUUAAGUUCAGAUCCUGGCUCUGCCACUUACGAGCUGUGAGUUGACCUUGAGUGAGCUAUUUAAUGUUUUUGUGCCUCAGUUUUCUCAUUUAUAAAAUGAGAAUCACAACCUUCCUUACAGAGUUAUUUUAAGGGUUAAACGUGUUUCUACAUACAAAACACUUAGAAAAUGCUUGCCACAUAAAAACCAGAAAAACUAAACCAUU